GCCGGUUGUUGUGUUGUGUUGUGAAACUGUGUUUGCUGUUGUUCGCUCGCAAUGAUCUUAAUUAUUUUAUAAAUUUUAAAACUGUUAGUUGUAGUUUUAAUUGAGAUUUAAUGAGACUUAUGUGAUACAUGAUCUUGAAAGGACGACUUUGCUAAAUUACCGCAGGGAGCUUAAAUAUUUUGGAUUGUUUUACGUUUCUGACAAAGGAAGGCAGUAUGCAAGCACCAAAGCAAGAGAUAUUCAUACUCAACUGGGAGAUAUCCUUUCUAACCGAGAAACUGCAAAGGUUUACAAACGUCUACGAUAAAAUCGACCUCGCCACGUUGGAUGGCUUGAGCCGUUUGAUCGAUACCGUCGACGCCUUGCUGUCCAAGACUUCAUUUUCCCACCAGUGGAGCCCGGACGAAGAAGCCGAAGAUGCACAGAUCCUGAAAGGGUAUGAUCUUCAUCAUAGCAUCAACUGUAAGAACUGUGGCCGGUCCGUGAGAAUCAAGAGAUUCACUCUGCUGAAUCAUAUGAAAAAACAUGCACUCGACAAGAACAACACUUCGCUGGAUACAACACUCAGCGAUGAUGAUCAAGAACUGGCUGAUGCGCUUAGGGAUGUUCAACUGGAUGAAAAAGAUGAUACCAAUGAGGAACUUUACCAGUCGGAAUACGAUAUAGAUGCCAUCCUUGCGCAUAUUCACGGCACGAGCGAAACGACUGCAGUUGAAAAUUCUAAAGAAGAAUCGCCCGAUGGAUUGGCCAAGUCAAGCAGUGAUGAAGCUGAUGACGAGCCUCGACCCACAACCGUGGUAUCUGCAAAGAAUCCAACAUCUAAGCCCGGCAAACCAAAAACAACAAAAGCCAUGAAAAAGUCUGUAGAUUUGAAGAGUAAAUCAAAGAAAAUGCCGAAGCAAAAGGAACCGAAACGCGGAAAUCAUGUACCGGUUCGGGCCAAAAUCGGCGAAUACUUCACGGUUGGCAGCCUCCCCGACGUUAGGAUUGAGUUAGGCAAGAAAACUCGACAGUUCAUAGUGGAUGUAUUGCCAAAGACUCGUUUCGAGGUGCACGCCUCACGCCGAAGGGAGGUUACGGAUUCGCUUGCGCAUCGUCACAUUGUCCAGUCCUUGGAAAGUACCUUCCGGAAGCACUACCCGGGGGCGACGGUGUACCUCUUCGGAUCCCGCGUAACCGGUCUUGGAAACGAGUGCAGCGAUCUGGACAUUUAUCUCGACCUGGAGAACAACUACGACGGAACGCAACGGUACUCCAAGGAAACCUUGAAGUGGUUCGUGCAGUUUAGCGAGCAGGCUCUGCAACAUACGGGUCAGUGGAGCCGACUGGAGGCGGUGACCUCCGCGAGGACGCCCAUUCUGCGCGCUUGGAACACCAAGUACAAGAUCGACUGCGAUAUUUCGUUCACCCAUGGGCUGUCUCAUUGCAAUACGAGGCUGAUACAGUACCUGUUUGGGCUGCAACCGGUUUGUUGCUACGUAGCUCUCUACGCCAAAGAGUGGUCCCACAGCUUCAAUAUACCCUUUCUGAACACCUACACGCUGAUACUGCUUACUGUAUUCUACUUCCAAAAGCACAAUCUGCUUCCUUCCAUUUAUGAUUUGCAAAAAGAUAGCGAGGAGCCGUAUAUCGUAUCUCACUGGCAGGCGGAUUUCAAGAAGAAAUCCCUCGACGAACUGGGAAUUCCCCGCAUACCGGAGGACGAAAUCCAGAACCACCUGGUCGAUUUCUUCUCCUUCUACGGGUCGCAGUUCUGCUUCGAAACGCGCGUAGUGUGCCCCUUCCUGGGUUGGGCUCCCCAGAAGGAGGACUUCGACCCGCUGGAUUGCGAAAUUCCGAUGGAGAUGGAGACCUUGCAGCGGUACUACGACCGGCUGGAUUUCACGACGGCCCACCCGAUCUACGACCUGCUGUCGUACGUGAAACCGAUGGUCGUUCAGGAUCCGCUGGAGCUGAAUCACAACGUGGCCAAGGGGCUGAGCCCGGCCGAUGUCGAUCGGUUCCGGAAGUAUUGCGCACAUACGGCGGCUCUGUUGGACGAAGUUUUGCACGAAAAGUCUUGAAAGGGGGUGACACUUUUCGAUAUUUUCGUUUUUAUUAGUUUGACAUCUGUUGACAGACUUUAACGUUCAACGUUCAAUGUAACUAUUACACGAGUGUCACAAACGUAGAAGAGUGAUCGCUAGUACAAUCUGUCUCAGUUUCCAGUUUUAUAGUUUUUUUCAGUUAUCGGAUACUACCUGCCUAUCAUACUAUCGACUAUCCAAUGUAUUCUUGAACGUGCAAGAAUCAGUGACCUAUUAUUCUACACUUAUCAUUUACAUAUAAGCUUUUGAUGUUAAAAUUAAACGUUUGUAUAAAUAUUGUGUCGCUUUUUUGUAGUAAAAGAAUCGUUUAACAAGA